AUGGCUCUAUCAACGGUACAUAUCUUGGCUAACAAUAACCGUGGACGCUCUCAGGAAUGGCGACUCGGGAUUGAUUUUACGGACCUCGGCCUUUCCACUCGGAACCUUGGCCGGUUCGACCAGACACCUGCUAAAAACUACCCCCAAAACGCACCAUUCGCUUUUUAUUUGUGGAUGGGUUUGCAGUCGCCCAGCUCCGGUGGGGCUACGUUGACAGAAAGGCCAGGGGAGGGGGGAUGUGGGGGAGACAAUAUUGCCGCCGUCACGGCUGGCGGCGAAAUGAUAAACAGAGAGGGCACAGAUGAAUUGGAGCGAAAACUGCGCUUGAAGGUAGAUAUCCGCCUGUGCACUAUUGCUGGAAUCCUGUGCAGUUUGAAUCUCCUAGAUUCCGGCAUCAUUUCCUCAGCCUCCGUGACUAGCAUGAUGACCGAUCUAUCACUGGAGGGAAACAGAUAUUCCGCGGCGAUCUUCAUCUUCACCAUCGCCAGUGUUAUCUUUCAGCUUCCAUCAACGGUUGCAGUGCGUUUAGUCGGGCCCCGGCGAUGGUUCUCUCUGAUCACUAUCUGCUUCGGGGUGAUUACCUUGUGCACAACUUUCGUAGAAAACUGGAGGCAAAUGAUUGUUGUCCGGUUUUUCUUAGGCAUGUCCGUAUCCGGAAUGUACCCUGGACUGACAUAUUUGAUCAGCACCUGGUAUACGCGCGAAGAGCAACAGCUUCGUUUUGCUUUCCUCCAGGCUGGGGAGGUUUCACUCCUGGCUUCUGGGAACAUUAUGAAUUAUGGCUUGAAUCUCCUUGGCGACAGAUCUGGACUCGAGGGUUGGCGGUGGAUGUUCUUGGUGAACGGACUGAUUACAAUCUUCUUUGGCAUUAUCACAUAUUGGUGGAUGAUCGAUUUUCCAGAAAAUGCACAUCAUAGCUUCCGUUUCUUUACCAAGACGGAAUCAGAUAUAGCGACGAGGAGGAUCCACAAUGAUAGGAAGGAUGCAAUUCCCGAGCCGUUUUCUAUAUCCAAGAUCCUGGUCCAUUUUCUCGACUUUAAAUUGUACGGAUUCAGCUGUCUCUUUUUUCUGUUGAACCUGGUCGCGACUUCGCUGUCGUACUUCCUGCCAAUAAUCCUUCAAGGAGGCAUGGGCUUUGAUACGGAUAAGUCGAUAUUAUUAUCUGCACCUCCCUACUAUUAUGCCAUAAUUCCCGUCCUCCUCACCUCUCUACUUGGGGAUAAACUACGCCUCCGCGGUCCCCUCAUCGUCUUCAACUCCCUCAGCCUAAUUGCAGGCUUCCUAAUGCUUGGCCUGCCAGCCUCGCAGCAAGUCACGGUCCGCUAUAUCGGCAUAUUCCUCGCCACAGGUGCGUACGUUUCCAACUGGGCAGCCCUGAACGCUUACCAAGCGAACAAUAUUGUUGGGCAAUGGAAGCGGGCUACCGUAGCGGCUUCUGUGACGGCUUGUAAUGGCCUGGGAGGCAUUGCGGGAAGCUUUAUUGUGAAAUCCAGUGAGGCGCCGACAUAUGAGACGGCGGUUUGGGUUUCUAUUGGGUGA